AUGGGCAUUAAACUAUUUGGUGUUUCUCUCCCUCUCCUUGUGAUAUUCUCAGUUGCAGUGAUCUCAACGGCUGCCGACGAGAAAGGCAAGCCCCUAAUAACCAAAACUUGCAGAGGCACGGAGUUUCCCGACGUGUGCACCUCAACUUUGGAGUCGGAUUCUCGUAGUUUGAAGGCAGAUUUGAAGGGCCUUUCCAGGAUUGCCUUGGAGUUGAUUGCAGCCAAAUCAAAAGAAGCUGCAGGAGUGGCCGCCCCGUUACUGCAAAAUUCAACUGGCUAUGUGUCAUGGUCGGAGCGAACAACCUGUUUCGAUGGUUAUAACUCCAGCGCCGAUCGAAUUAAAGGGGACGGCCUCCAAUAUUUCGACGAGGGGAAGUACGAGAAGGCAUACCAAACCGUGGAUAUUCUUAACAACGAGACAAUCUAUUGCAAUAGCUUUGGCAUUCCUCAGCUGGCUCAAACCAACAAAUUCAUGUCGAGGUUUGUCAGUGUUGUGAAGACGAUUCUGCAUCUCCUUUUCUGA